AUGAUCAUCUCUCCAACCAAAGGCCCCGAUGACCGAGAUUUCGCUGGACAAAUUGAAACGGGACGUGUGUUGCCUGGCGCUAGCGGUGACUACAGCAAAUUCCUAUCGGAGCUUGGGCAACCGAUUAUCAAUCUUUCCUAUCGCGCCCCUGAGUAUGCCAACUUGCUCAAGCUGAACGUCCAGGCUGUUCGGAAUUUCCGCCGGGCUGCCUCUUUGACGACGUUCAUGCAGCAGGAAUACGCCCAGGGCCUUGAUGUCAGAUCUAUUUCGAUACCUCUCUAUGAUGCGCCUGAUAAUCUCAGUGUGAACGUAAUCGAUGCUCCCGCAACUAUGCAGGCGAAUGACGGCAUGACAGAAGAGAGGUUAAGCGAAUUGAAGACGGAGAUGCUUGUGUCAUCUCCCAUUCGCAUUUUCUUGUGGCUGAGUGCAUUGGUCUCCUAUGUCCAAGGACAGUCGGGCUCCAUCGUCGACUACUCUCAAUAUGUGAACGCCUUCAUGGGCUCCGAGGGCCCAACGCCAGGUGAGGGAUUUGGGGGUGGUGAUAUAUUUGUAGGCGGCGCCCGACCUUUUGGCGUUGUCAAAUUUGGACUUGACUCGACUGCGGUCAAUUGGACAACCGCUGUGCUCAAUGGAGGAUGGACCCCAAAAGGAAACGUGACGGCUUUUACCAUGAUGCAUGAAAGUGGUACCGGUGGCGCUCCUAAAUACGGUGUCGUCCCUCAGAUGCCGUUGACAUCGAUUGAGGCACCUGUGAAUUUGCUUGACAACCAGACUUAUGCCCAGUCAAGGGUUGGUAAUGAUACUGCAAGUGUCGGAUACUUCAAGACUACAUUGCAAAACGGUGUCGUUGUAGAGCUCUCCGCUUCUCGACAUGCCGGUAUCAUCAAUUACUCAUUUCCGAGUGGUGAAAAGUACAUAUUAAUUGAUAUAUCUCAUUAUCUUCCCGGAUCGCCCGGAGAUUCAGGUUCUCAGUUUUAUGUAGGCGGUGAAAUUGAAAUCAACCCCAAAGGUAACUCGUAUCAAGGUUACGGGACGUACGUCGGCGGUUGGAAUAACGGUGCCCCUUAUACCAUAUACUUCUAUGGCGAAUUCUCCCAAGCUGCCCAAUCAGCACAAAUUUUCUCCGGGAAGAAUACCGACCCAAUGCCUCGAUAUCAGACUCUAGCAAACGGCGGCAUUCCAGAAGCAAUUUAUGGGAAUAGUAGUACGACCAAAGCCACUUCCGGACCCAUGAACGCUCGUGUUGGUGCUCUAUUUGGGUGGAACAACAAUACAACAGCUCCGCAGAAUAUUACCUCUCGUAUCGGAAUAUCCUUUAUAUCCAUCGACACCGCGAAAAGCUAUAUUGGCUCGGAAAUUCCUACAUGGAGCUUGAACGAUACAGUUACUAAUGCCGUUAAAGAGUGGAAUACGGACGUAUUCAAUAGGACCGGAGAGAACCCUCUUUGGGUAUCUGAUGAGCCAUUCUGGGACGAUUUCUAUACCUUGUGGGAUAUAUUUCGCUGUACGGUCAGCCUCUAUCACGUCUUGCAGCCCUCGUAUUACGAGUCGAUGAUUCGUGGCCUGAUUGAUAUUUACAAACAUCAGGGGUACCUCCCCGACGGUCGAUCUGGGAAUUGGAACGGACUCGUUCAAGGAGGCUCCAAUGGCGAUAACGUUCUAGCAGAUGCAUACGUCAAAGGCCUCCGUGGAAGUAUCAACUGGACUGAAGGUUACGCCGCCAUGGUCAAAGACGCUGAAGUCACACCGUAUAACACUUUUGAUCCCACGGAUUUCACGGCAAGCACAAAAGAAGGCCGGGGUGCUCUCGACGACUGGAAAGAACUCGGUUACGUAUCUGUUGACCAUAAUACACGCUGUAUCUCACGCACAGUCGAGUAUAGUCUCAACGAUUUUGCGUUGAGUCAGGUUGCUGCAGGAAUUCAGCCCGCUGAUAAAGCGAAAUAUAUGAAUCGAUCCGCUGGAUGGCAGUUGAUUUGGAAUCAGGAAGUGACCAGUCUGAAUUUCACUGGGUUCUUAGCUCCCAGAUUCGCAAAUGGGUCAUACCAGAGCGACUAUGACCCGUUGUACUGCGGAGGGUGUGAAUGGAGUUCUAUCACCUAUGAGGGUGUUCCUUGGGAAUAUACCUUUAGUAUACCUCACGAUGUCCAGACUUUGAUUGACUUAAUGGGAGGACAAGCUACCUUUGAGUCAAGACUGGACAAGAUGUUCGAACCUGGAGUUGCCAAACAAGACCUCGGGUCCAACGGAGCUGGCAUUACUACGCUGAUGAAUAUUGGGAACGAACCUGACUUUGGUACCCCUUAUCUCUAUCACUACAUUAACAAGCAAGCAAAAUCGGUGCAACAGUCACGUAAUCUCAGCAAUACUUACUUCAAGGAUGCUGCCUACGGUAUUCCUGGCAAUAGCGACGCCGGAGCCAUGAAUUCAUGGCUUCUCUGGCAACUACUUGGGUUAUAUCCCAUUGUCACUCAACCCAACUACUUGAUUGGAUCUCCUUGGUUCCCGGAAAUCAACAUGACGGUGAACGGAAACAAGACACUACACAUCACUGCCACUGGAUUGGAUUACAACGAAGGGUCUUAUUACGUACAGAGUGUGCGCGUGAAUGGUCAAGAUUGGGCCAGCAAUUGGUUGACUCAUGAGGAUAUCUUUGUUGAUGGAGGAAACGUUGAUUUUGUGCUUGGCAAGAAUAUGACACUUUGGGAGACAGGAGACGUCCCGCCUUCACCGGGGCAUGUUACUUUGUGA